AUGGGCAUUGAUGGAAAUAAUAUAUUGGCUGAAAGCUUAAAGCGACAGGGAAUAGAAUAUGUGUUUGGAAUAGUUGGUAUUCCAGUAAUAGAAACAUCCCUGGCAUUUCAAUCUGUUGGAAUCAAAUAUGUAGGUAUGCGGAAUGAACAAGCAGCAGCUUAUGCAGCCCAGGCCAUUGGAUAUCUCACAGGGAAGCCAGGAGUAUGUCUUGCUGUAUCAGGGCCAGGCCUUUUGCAUUGCAUUGGUGGAAUGGCAAACGCUCAAGUGAAUUGUUGGCCACUGUUGGUUAUUGCUGGCUCUUGUCCUGAAGAUCAUGAAGGCAUCGGGGGAUUCCAGGAAUGGCUGCAGGUGGAAUCCAGCCGUCUUUAUUGCAAAUACGCGGUGAGACCUCCAUCACCGAAGCUGAUUCCUUUACACGUCGAAAGAGCUGUUCGGAGCGCUUGUGCUGGCCGACCGGGUGUCGCAUACCUCGAUAUGCCGGCUACUCUACUAACGGCAGAGGUGGAUGAAGAUAAAGUACCUUUGGACUUCUAUAACGCCGGCCCGUUGACUCUUGCGCAUCCCGAUCCGAGUUUAGUAGAUCGCGCUGCGGAGGUACUAUCGAAGGCAGAGCGUCCUCUGGUGAUUGUAGGCAAAGGAGCGGCUUAUGGAAGAGCAGAGGAGCCUAUACGGAAGUUGGUGGAGAAUACAAAAAUGCCCUUCCUGCCUACGCCUAUGGGUAAGGGCGUGGUACCGGAUGAGUCGCCAUACUGUGUGUCGACUGCUCGUACGCAGGCCUUGCUCAAGGCAGAUGUGGUACUUCUCCUCGGGGCUAGACUUAACUGGAUGCUUCACUUCGGUCAAGUGCCACGAUUUGCGCCGGAUGUCAAAAUUAUUCAGGUGGAUAUAUCACCAGAGGAAUUCCACAAUAGUGUAAAGUCUGAAGUCGCUGUACAUUCCGAUAUAAAACCGUUCGUAGAUGCGCUCGCGCAGAAACUUGCGAAUAAGAAGUUUUCUCUGCAGCCAAGUGGUGGCUGGUGGCAGGCACUUAAGGAGAAACAGAAGAAGAACACUGAAUUUGUCGAGGCUCAAGCAAACGACAAAUCACUUCCGUUGAACUACUACGCCGUAUUCAAGACUGUGCAGGCGCAUAUACCUAAAGAUUCUCUCAUAGUGAGUGAAGGAGCGAACACUAUGGAUAUCGGGAGAGGGAUGCUCCUGAAUAAUCUCCCGAGACAUCGGCUGGAUGCCGGCACUUUUGGCACUAUGGGGGUGGGUCCGGGCUUCGCAGUUGCAGCGGCCAUGUGGUGUCGGGACCACGCACCUAACAAACGCGUAGUUUGCGUCGAAGGCGACUCCGCCUUUGGAUUUUCAGGUAUGGAAAUCGAAACGAUGUUCCGUUACAAACUGCCUGUCAUUAUCGUUAUUGUUAACAAUAACGGAAUAUACAGCGGAUUUGAUAAAGAAAUGAUGGAGGAUCUACAGGGGAGCGGUGAUGUCGCACAAUGCACGCCACCAACCGCUCUAUCCAGCGAAGUGAGAUAUGAAAAAAUGAUGGAAUUGUUCGGUUUUUCUGGACAUCUCUGCCGCACCACUCAAGAGAUUGAGGCCGCACUUAAGGAAGCCGUCAAAGUGACAGAUAGGCCCAGUAUUAUUAAUAUUCUAAUCAAUCCACAGGCGAACAGGAAACCGCAGACAUUUAAUUGGCUUACUGAGUCCAAAUUGUAA